AUUCAGAUAGAAACAUAUUAUUGAUUGCAUGUUAUUAAUUGAUCAUGAUUCCCAGAUUUCAAAUGUGAUUGAAGGUGUCAUCUUAUUUUAUAUAUUUAUUAUAUUAACCAUAUAAACCAUAUGGCUUAUAAGGCGAUGAAAAUUUUACGACAAACUUCUUUGUGGCAUAAUGUUGAAAUGGGGCCGCCUGAUGCCAUUUUGGGAAUUACUGAAGCAUAUAAAAAGGAUACAAAUUCACAAAAAAUUAAUUUAGGUGCUGGUACAUAUAGGGAUGAUAAUGGGAAGCCAUAUGUUUUGGAAACUGUUAAAAAAGCCGAAAAAAUGAUGCUGGCUAAUAAUAUGGAUAAAGAGUAUACCACAAUUAGUGGUAUACCUAAUUUCUGUAAAUUAUCUGCGAAAUUAGCAUUUGGUGAAGACAACCCAUAUCUUAAGAAUGAUAAAAUCACAACAGUUCAAACUUUGUCAGGUACAGGUGCAUUAAGAUUAGGGGCAGCUUUUUUGCAAAAGUUUUAUCCUGGAAAUAAAGCAAUAUAUAUGCCAUCACCUACUUGGAGUAAUCAUCCUAACAUAUUCAAACAUGCUGGUUUUGAUGAAAUCAAAUAUUAUAGAUAUUAUGAUUAUAAGACUAAUCAAUUAGAUAUAAAAGGUGUUCUUCAAGAUAUAUCAAAAAUCCCUGAAAAAUCUAUCAUUCUUCUUCAUGCUUGUGCUCAUAAUCCUACCGGGGUUGAUCCCAAUGAAAAAGAAUGGAAAGAAAUCUUGGAAGCUAUUAAGGAUAGAGAUUUAUUUGUAUUUUUUGACAUGGCAUAUCAAGGUUUUGCCACUGGAGAUAUAAAUAAAGAUGCAUAUGCUGUAAGAUUUUUUUUGGAAAAUGGUUUUACAAAUAUGGCAUUAGCUCAAUCUUAUGCCAAAAACAUAGGAUUAUAUGGUGAAAGAGUUGGUGCCUUAUCAUUUGUUGCAAAAGAUGAAGAAGAAAGUUCUCGAAUAAUGUCACAAUUAAAAAUUUUGAUCAGACCUAUGUAUUCUAAUCCACCAAUUCAUGGAGCUAGGAUUGUUGAACAAAUUCUUUCCAAUCCUGAUCUGUAUUCUCAUUGGCUCGUGGAAGUAAAGGGCAUGGCACAACGGAUAAUAAAUAUGAGGAAAACUUUGGUCGAUAACCUCUCGAAGCACUCGGGAGAAAGAGACUGGAGUCAUAUACAGAAACAAAUAGGCAUGUUUUGUUUUUCUGGCCUUACGCCUGAAGAGGUGGAGAAUUUGAAGAAGAAAUUUUCGAUAUAUUUGACCAACGAUGGCCGAAUAUCAAUAGCUGGGAUUAAUUCUAAAAAUAUUGAUUAUCUGUCCCAUGCAAUUCAUUCAGUAUGCAAAAAAUAAUACAACUUUUGAAUAGAUUUCAGAUCAACUAGUCAAUUUAUUCUUUCUCUUAUAAUAUGAAUUUGGAAUUUUUAUAAAAAUCAUUGAAAAAUUUGAUUUCCAUUUUUGCUAAAUUCAUAAAAGAAUCGAAAUUAUUAUUAUAUUUUAAGUACAUUUUUUUAAUAUAUUAAUUUGUCCAAAUCAAAAUUAUUAUAGUAAAUUUUAAUUUUAUUUCACAAUAUUUAUUUUAUUUAUUUAAAAUAUGAUAUUUUAUAUUAUGCCGUUCGGUCAAU